UGUCUGUAUGGAAAUUGAACCUGACAAAACCAAAAAUCCGUUUUACUGCGUUUUGUCCAAAGUGUCAGAAAGCGAAAAAGUAUCAUGGAGGAUAAAGUUACUACUCGAUUUCAAAUGCGAAUUAAAGUGCUAAAGAGAAAUAUUUAAUCAAACGCCGAAGGUUUUAUGAGGCAAUACCACAAUUAAAUGUAAAUCAUCACGACUUCUAGUUAGACAAUCGAUUCUCUGAGGCAAACCGCAUAAUACACAGAAAUAUCAACCAAAAAAAAAAUUUAUUCAUUCGGCAACGAUGAGGGAAUACAAAAUUGUUGUAUUGGGCAGUGGAGGCGUCGGCAAAUCCGCACUAACCGUUCAGUUUGUCCAGGGUAUAUUCGUGGAAAAAUACGAUCCAACCAUCGAGGACAGUUACCGUAAGCAGGUCGAGGUCGACGGCCAACAGUGCAUGCUGGAGAUACUAGACACGGCCGGCACGGAACAGUUCACAGCCAUGCGUGAUUUGUAUAUGAAAAAUGGCCAAGGAUUUGUGCUGGCCUAUUCGAUAACGGCCCAGUCCACAUUCAAUGACUUGCAGGAUUUGCGUGAACAAAUACUACGGGUGAAGGAUACGGACGAUGUGCCGAUGGUUCUUGUAGGCAAUAAAUGUGAUUUGGAAGAAGAACGAGUGGUUGGGAAGGAUGUAGGUAGCGGACUUGCAGCACAAUUUAAUUGUACAUUUAUGGAAACAUCUGCCAAAACGAGAACCAAUGUUAACGAAAUAUUCAACGAUCUAGUACGGCAAAUAAAUACAAAAUCUCCCGAAAAACCAACCAAACAAAAGAAGAAAUCUUUGUGCAUGCUGCUCUAGUGGAUAUUCGAAUUUAAAUAUAAAAAAUUUAGCUAAACACAAGAAUACAGAAAAUGGUCUUUCAAGCGAGCAAGUUUUGGGCGAAAGACCAGUGAAGUAAAAAAAAGAAAAAGUUUUAUCUUUCUUCCUGAAUUUCCUACCCUUUUUUUCGUCCCCCCACUCAUCAGUUCAUUAGAUGUAUAAA